AUGGCGGCGAUGAAAUACAUAAUAGUCAUCAUCCUUCUUCUUUCGUCAACACUACAGCUUGCUCAUUCUUCUUCUACGAGAUCUUUCUUCUGGUUAGGAGAAACACAAGAUAUGAAAGCCAUGAAAAAGGAGAAGGAGAUAGAUGGAGGAACAUCUAAUGAAGUUGAAGAAAGACAAGUUCCCACUGGAUCCGACCCUCUCCAUCAUAACCACAUUCCUUUUACUCCAUAGAGAGAUUCAUUAAUUCCUCCUUUUAUAUAUCUCUUCUCUUACAUCUUCUUUUGUUUCACAUUCAUGUUGACAUAUUAGUUUGUAACAGCUUUCA